AUGGUCCGUGCCUCAAACUGCUCCUUCUCCAACGGUCAGUUCCCGUUGUCAUCUGAGAUCUUUCAAGUUAUCAAAGCUCAGAUCUGGAUCUUCUUGGUCCCGGUGGUCUUGGGUCUUGUGCAGGUCGGCCUCUUCCUGGAGGAGACGGGCUUCUUCCUGCGCCAGGGGAACAGCUCUCGCCGCACCACCCUCUCGCUCUGGAUCCUGGGCGUCUAUCCGGUGUUCAGCAUCACUUCCCUCAUCAGCUUGUUCGUCCCGCGAGCGUCCUUCGUCUGUACCUUUGUAGCCUCCAUCUACCACUCCAUCACCCUCUGGAAAUUCCUAGCCUUGAUUCGCGAUUUCUUCGGCGGUUCGGACCAAAUGCUCCUGCGGCUGGUGGGGCAGCGGGUGGCCCCAGACCCCUUUCCGUGUUGCUGCUGCUGCUGCCUUCCUGAGAUCGCCGCCAGCCGGUCAAACUUGCGCUAUAUGACAGUCGCGGUGUACCAACUCUCUCUCAUCCGGACCAUCCUCUUUUUCGUCACCCUCAUCCUUUGGACAGAUGAGAAAUAUGACUACGGCGACGUGGGCUACACCAACCCCAACUCCUACAUCAACGCCAUCAUAGGUAUCUCUACCUUCGUCUCCUUCUACGGCUACUUGCUCUUCUACAAGGCUACCAAGCCGGCGCUGGUUGGCUACAGCUUGCGCUCCAAGUUCGUCUGCAUCAUUUUGGUUCUUGUUUUGUGCGGCCUUCAGAGCGGGAUCUUGGAGACCAUGGGAGCAGUGGGGGCCAUCCCGUGCAGCCCCCCUCUCUCCCCUAACACCCGCUCCCAAAUGAUCUACUAUUACUCGUUGGCUGUUGAGAUGUUCUUCAUUAGCGUAUUUGCCCGUUACUCUUUCCGGAGAACCGAGCCACAGCUGGGCACCCGCCCCGACGUCUCCCAGACUGAAACGGCCGCAUCCAGCCACUGCAGUUCUGGAGAAAAUGCAACCCUGGAGCAAGCCAACGGUGGCUUCCUCUGCGAAGAGGCUUUGUGUACGAUAGAGCACUCCCCUUUGGACCGGUUUGAUUUCAGCACGGGAGAGCUGGUGGACAAACGGCAAGAGAACUGGAGCCGGGGCCCGCCACCAAAGGGGGCCUCAAGAGGCAAGGCGCAUGACCCAAGCUCUUUGCAGCAAAGAGCUGGGAUCGAAUCACCCACGACUGGAGUCCGAGGCCAGGUUGCCGCAGUGGAUGCCGACGACGUCACUGUGGUAUAA